UUAAAUGAAGUAUAAAAAAAACAUAUUACCCACAUUUUAAAGACAUUCUUAUCAACGAACGGGUACAAAAUGGAUAUUUGAGUAAAACUUUAGGAAAAUUGGCAGAUACGUGUCAAGACAGUCGACCAAUCAGAAGCCGCCAAAUCGGCGAUUUUGUUGGUUUUUUUGUACUUAUGUAUAACUAAUGUGUGUUGAGUUACGAUUAUGUUACGUCUUAAUUUGUGUCUUGUGAUAUUUAAUUUAACUUAGCAUACGUAGUCAUUAGCCGUAUGCCUGACUUAUACGUUACAGUUGUAAGGGUAUUCAAACAAAUUGUCUCUAAUAUAUUUAAUUGAUCUUUACUGUACUUAUAUUAUUUGGAUUUAAAAUAUUAUUGUGAAAAUUCUACAUUGAUAAUAUUAUCAAUAUCAGACAUGAUAGUUUCCACUUUACCCGGUGGAUUUUUCCAAUUUUCGUUGUAAUAAAUUACAUACGAUUAUUCCUAAAAUAUAGUGUAAGGGGAAAAUAGUAUACUUUUUAGUUACGUAAGUUUUUACUCUUGACAAUCUUCAAAAUGGGUAUCCCAUUCUGGAAAUGUGUCACAGCACUGACGAUGUUUUUGGUUUUGAGUUUACAUAUUGCUAAUGUACACGGUUUAGCUGUAAUGAGUGUCGAUAUUGGUUCAGAAUGGAUGAAAGUAGCAAUAGUUUCACCUGGUGUGCCAAUGGAAAUAGCUCUUAAUAAAGAAUCUAAAAGGAAAACUCCGACUGCUAUAGCAUUCCGCAAUGGUGAACGUACAUUUGGCGAAGAUGCACUUACAGUUGGCGUUCGAUUCCCAUCCAACUGUUACAUUUAUUUUCUUGACUUAUUGGGAAAGAAAAUAGAUAAUCCAAUUGUAGAUCUCUAUAAAAAACGUUUUCCCUAUUACAACAUUAUUCCUGAUCCAAAAAGAAAUACAGUACUUUUCAAGCACGGUGAAUCAGAUGAUUAUUUUUCACCCGAAGAACUUGUGGCGAUGAUGUUGGAAAAAGCAAGAGAAUUCGCACAAGAUAGUGCUGGACAAGCUAUAAAUGAAGCAGUAAUUUCUGUUCCUGGUUAUUUUGGUCAAGCUGAACGAACUGCAAUGCUAAAAGCAGCAGAAAUUGCUGGAAUUAAAGUACUACAACUAAUUAACAGUUAUACUGCAGCUGCACUAAAUUAUGGUAUAUUCCGUACAAAAAGUUUUAAUGAAACAACGCCAAUGUAUAUGAUGUUUUACGAUAUGGGAGCAUAUGGUACUCAGGUUUCAGUUGUAUCCUAUCAGUUGAUAAAAUCUAAAGAUAGAAUAGCUCCUGAACUUCAACCUCAUCUUGCUGUACUAGGAGUGGGCUAUGAACGUAAUUUGGGUGGCUUGGAAAUGCAACUACGACUAAGAGAUUACUUAGCAGCCAAAUUUAAUAAUUUAAAACUAACACCCAAUGAUGUUACUAAAAAUACUCGAUCAAUGGCAAAAUUAUUCAAAGAAGCUGGACGAUUAAAGAAUGUACUAAGUGCUAACACUGAACAUUUUGCCCAAAUAGAAGGCUUAAUUGAUGAAAAAGAUAUGCGUAUCAAAGUUACCAGGGAAGAAUUAGAAGAAUUGUGUAAAGAUUUAUUUGAUAAAGUUGUGCUUCCAGCUAAAAGAGCUUUAGAAGCAUCCGGAUUAACUAUUGAACUGAUUGAACAAGUUAUGUUAUCUGGUGCUGGUACUAGAGUUCCUCGAGUUCAAGACCGUUUGGUUAAAGAUUUAAAGAGUAAUCAACCGCUUGGUCGAUCCUUAAAUACUGAUGAAGCUUCUGCUUUAGGAGCUGCAUAUAAAGCAGCAGAUCUUAGUAAUGGAUUUAAAGUAAAAGCAUUUAUUACUAAGGAUGCUACAUUAUUCCCUAUACAGGUUACAUUUGAUAAAGAAGUUAUAGAUGAGAAUAAAGCAGCAAAACAAGUCAAGCGCAUUUUGUUUGGUCACAUGAAUCCAUAUCCACAACGCAAAAUAAUAACAUUUAAUAAGCAUCAACAAGAUUUUGAUUUCACUGUGGGUUAUGCAGAACUUGGCCAUUUAGAUGAAAAUGAAAUUAAAUGUUUAGGUUCUUUGUCAUUAAGUAAUAUUAAAUUAAAUGGUGUACGAGAUGCCUAUUCCAAAUAUCAAGGUCAAGAAGGUGCCGAUACCAAAGGAAUAAAAGCACACUUUGCAAUGGAUGAUAGUGGAUUAUUAGUUUUACAAAAUGUUGAGUUGUUAGUUGAAAAAACUGUUACAGCUGAUACAGAAGAAGAAUCUACUUUAUCAAAGAUUGGAAAUACAAUUAGCAAUUUGUUUAAAGGUCCUGAAGAAGUAUUAAAAGAAGAAAAACCAGUUCAUGAAGCUCCAGAAGAAGAUCCUAUUUCCCAAGCUCCUAAUAAUACAACAAAUAAUACUGAUACUUUUGAUCAAACAAACAGUACUGAACAAGUUAAAUUAAAUGAUACAAUUCCAAUUUCUGAUUCUAAGAAAAAUUUAAAAGUUGUAACAGUUAAAGAAACUAUUGAUGUUAACCAUGAAUACUUAUUUGUACUUCCUGCUCAAGAUGAUGAUUUGCAAAGUUCAAUUAAUAAGAUAGCAGGACUUAAAGAAAUAGAUUUAGCAAAAUCACGCAAAGAAACCUCUUUAAAUAAUUUAGAAACGGCAAUUAUUGAAACACGUGAAAAAUUAGAACAACCUGAUUAUUCUAGUUCUGCUACUGAGAUUGAAACUCGAUCAAUCUUAGAUAAAUGUUCUGAGAUAUCAGAUUGGUUGGAAGAUGAUGGUUUUGGUGCUGAAGCUGAAGUUUUAGACUCUAAAUUUGAUGAUUUAAAAAAAAUAGUAUUACCUGUUUGGGAAAGAACUUUUGAGCAUGCAGAAAGACCAUCAAGAUUGGAAGCACUAAAUAGUGCAUUGAACAAUAGUAAUUCAUUUUUGGAAAAAAUAAAAAAUACCACAUUGGAUGAUACUCCAUUUACACAAGUAGAAAUAGAUACACUUGACAAAUUGAUUUCCGAAAUUACAAGCUGGAAAGAUAAACAAGUAGAAGAACAGGAAAAACUUCCAAAGUCUGUUGAUCCGGUGUUGACAAUUCAAACAAUUGCAAUAAAACAUUCAUCGAUAGAACGCGAGAUGAGAUAUUUGAUGACAAAAUUCACUUCCUGGAAACCAAAAAAGAAAGAGGAACCUAAAGUCAAAGCACCAACAUCACAGACUGAUAAUGAAAAAGCUAAAACACCUGAAGAACAAGAUAAUGAUUCUACAGUUAAGACUAACGCGCAUGAUGAUGUAGACAAGUCUACUGCACAUGAACCAAGUAAUACUAUAGAAGAUAAUGCCGAAUCUGAAAGUCCAUUAAAAACAGAUAAACCCAAACCAACUGAAUUACCAAUAGUUGAACCUACCAAAACUGAGGAGAAAAGAGAUGACACACACACGGAGUUAUAAUAAAAGAAAAUUGGUGUCUAAAUUGUGCAAGUGAACACAGGCUAUCGUGCAUUCCAGGAUCCAGUUAUUGAAGACUAAUGUUAAUUCUGUACAUUUUUUAAUUUAUUUACUCUGGAUAAUUGCAUUUUGUUGUAUUUUUUAAUUACAUCGUUGAAAAUAAAAUUGGAUGAAAUAAGUAAAAUUAUUAUUAAAGAAAAAAAAAUGUUUAUAAAUGGUUCUGAGCGCACAUUCACAUUAUCAAAGUAUAAAACAAUGAAAAACUGAGAUAAUGAUAAACAAGAAACUGUAUACAUUUUUAAUACUUGAUACUUAUAAUUACAAAUAUUAUUUAAAGUAGAAAACAAACUGUACAUACAUUUUGAAAAUUGUUUUGUUUAAAAUUAAGAAGACAUUGUGAUGUUAAUUAUACAUUAAAACUUUGUCAAAUUUUGGUUAGUUGUAAUUUUCUUUUUAAGUAUUAAAAAAGCAUUUUUAUAUGAAACUAUUUUGCAUAAAUUAAAAUAUCCACUAGCUAAUCCAAAAUUGUAUUGCUGUUAAUAUUAAAAAAAACAAUAGUUAUCUUAAUGAAUAAUACCUUACAUAAUAGUACAUUUUGGAUCAGUCGUAUUCACAAUUUUCAUUGUUUUAUAUUGGUGUAUAUUACUUACAUAUUAUUAUUAUCCUAUUUCAUAGUAACAGGGUAUAAUAAUACACAUGACAUGACAUAAUCCUUUCUAUAAUUUAAUUAAUCAGUAUAAUAAAGUGUUCUUUUAAAACUUAAGUACAUGCAUAAAAAUUAAAAAUAAUUUUUUUUGUAAAUUAUCAUUAUAUUAAUUGAAUUGUAUUAUAUAUUGAUGUCACUGAAUAAUCACAAUAAUUAACUUUAGCUCACCUCUAUAAUCCACUGAUAAUGACUUAUAUGUAAAAUAUAAAGAAUAAUAAAAAUGUAUUGCUAGUAAAAAAA